GUUUCAGGCUCCAACUUCACCGUGUUUUGGCUGCGAGAUUAUACCGAUUACUAUUGGGGAGUCGGUGUCAAUGACUUCGAUUUCUACUUCGAUGCAAUGAGUAUUCUGAUGGGAAAGAGUUUGGAUAUAAGAAGCUGCCUGGUUUCUUGGCAAAUCCGCUUUACAAGCAUCAUAAGGCUUUCCUCCGUCGAUUACAUUAAGACAAUGCCACAGCUGCCGCUGAUCUUGGAUUGCUUAUGGGGGAUGGCGAGCUUGAACAGCUUCUUCAACGUUAUGCACAAUUUUGUGAUCGCCAUCUUUCGAUGCCUCCCGCCAUUGACGAAAACGAGGUCACUAUCGCUAUGAGAACGUUGUCAAAUUCUGUGUCAAUACCUGUUCUCGAUGAGCUUUCCAAAUGGGACUUUUUCGAUCAGUACUUUCCUAGAGAGCCACUCAUUGUCAAAGGUUUGAUUAGACAUUGGCCUGCUGUCAAGAACUGGAGUUUCACCCACCUUCAUAAAAUUCUAUGUCAUCGUGUAUUGCCCGUAGAACAAGCCUCAAAGUACACGGAUUCAAACUGGGCUCAAAUGCUCAUAACAGGUUCGCAGUUCUUCACCACUUGUACGCUUCCAAUGGAUGAGAAGGGUCCGUUUGUUCCAACAAUAGAGAAGAACUGCUGGAUUGGUCGUGGAGGCACUAUAUCACCUCUUCAUACAGAUCCACGAGAGAACAUGUUUUCACAGAUGGUCCUGGAGAAGAUAUAUUACUGGACGGAACUUGGAUCAAUGUUAGCAUCACAAGUGCCUCAAAUACUUGCGGCUGUUUUUGAAUGCACGCUAGAGAUGAUCAACAAAGACAUGGAAGCGUUCCCAGAGCAUCGCACGAACUUCUUCCAACUUAUUCAUGCGCUCACUGUGGAAUGUUUUCCCGGUUCUCCUUGCGUUGCCUCAGGAACAACUCAGUCACAUCAUUGAUGCUGUUGUGUGAGCAUUCCAGCAUUCGAUGCGCAACGUUGCUGAAAUUGGUCUCGACAUCCUGAAGGAUAUGCCAAAUCGAGUAGAACUCUUCCAUGUGAUCAGUCACAGCCAUUUUAUAAACGAUUUUACGUGCAAAUCCUUCUACAUGUGCUAGCAGUUAUUGCGGAUAGCAGUCAGGUCCAUGUAGCUGCUGAAUCCUUUCAUUUCUCAUCUCUUUUUGAUACUAUUGUUGAAGAUUAUGAAUACUGCUUCAGUCCCUUGGCCGCUUUUUGUCAAUUUUUUUUCUAAUCUAGUGAUGAUUUUUAUUCUGCAUUGAUUAUGUGUUGCAAAGCAGUAAUGAAACUUAUGACGCCAUUUUAUUUUAGCGGUUGAAGAUUUUUCUUGCAGGCUUGACUUACUGUGCCGAAGUGUUAUGUAGGCUAUUCAAAGCAUGUGAAUUUCUGAUCACUGUGUUUCUCAACGAUGAGAAUCUUAAACAAAG